AUGUGGUCGCCGCUUCCGCGUGCGGCGUACGCCGCCGUUCCGGCGGCUUUCCUGCUGACCGGCGCAUGGAGAAGUGGUCGCCUCACUUGGAGACCUCGACCUGGUGAAAGGCGCCGGGUUGCGGCUGUGGAUGUUGAUGGCAAACCUUGUGGUCCACAAAGCGCGAGCGCAGGCAAAGUCACCAUCGUCUCACAGAACAUGUGGAACUCGUUCUAUGCCGGUGGGCCUCAGAGGGAAAAACGCUUGGAGGCCUUCAGAAAGCUCCUGGAGACCCAGGGAAAAGCUGUGGAGAUUCUGGUGCUGCAAGAGAUGUUUGCCUUCGGUUUGGGACCAUUCUGCGACAAGAGCGAAGUUGAGUUACUACAAGAAUGGACGACCGACUUGGGUUUUGUGCAUCAGACAUCGCCUCUAGUGACGAUGCCUUGGUUGGGCCAGAGCUCUGGGCUUCUGAUUUGCUCCAAAGAACCCAUCCUCUCAGAGCAGCACCACGUCUUCCAGCAGCGGAGGAGAGUCACUUCAAAGGGCUGGUUGGAAGUGGAGGUACAAUUGGCUUCCAUGAAACUGGUGAUUAUCACGACCCACUUGGAACAUGCGCACAGUCCACACUGGCGUCGUAUCCGAGAAAGCCAGUGGCGUGAAAUUGCUGAACGCCUCAAGGUGCUCAAAGAUGACUAUGUGAUUCUGCUAGGAGACUUCAACGUUUGCGGAGAAGACUUUGGUCGAGCCUUAGAUGGCGCAGAGGAAUACCAUGCGCUGCUAUCCAGCAUGGCGAGGGCUGGAUUCAGCCAUGAGGGUUUCCCUCGCAGCAGCGGUUCAGAAAUGCCAACUCUUCGACCCCAAAACGAUGUUUCGCUUCGAUCUUCACCGGAUCACAUUUUUGUGUCUCCCAAGCUGAAGCAUCGCUCCUUGACGGUUGCCCUUUGGGAUAUGGACCACCUGGAGCAGAUCCAUUCUGACCACCGGGCGAUCAUGGCAACAUUCAACGGGUCGAACGCGACUUAG